UUUUAUUAGUUAAAUUCACCAAAAUGAACCCACCCUAUCCAAUCCUGAUAUUUUUAUUAGUUAACUUAACAAAAUAGAAAAGAAAGGUAAAAAUUAUGAAUUUGCAGAAAAGGAUCGCUCGCCUCUGCGUGCCUGAGAGCCAGUGAGCCUCUCGGGACAAGAUCGAGCUGAAAAGCUGUAAUCCAAAACAGGACCCUUCCUUCAGGGUUUCCUUUGAACUGCCUGGAAUUUGGUGUUGUAGUUGAAUCAAUGGCUACCUUCUUCCAUUUGGGAGUAGUUUCAAUUUUCUCUCCCCGUGCCAUGUCGCGCGUCGCUAUAAUUGGUGUAUCUACCUCCGUGCUUUAUGUCAGGUCAAGAUUGUGAAGCCGCCGACAGACUCCCUCUGAGUUCCACUAAAAGAUGGAUUUAGACUUGGAUAGAGUGGAUGUGGAUCUGGACAAGGAAGUUGACGGCCCUGUGGAAGAAAAUACUGGUGUAUCAGAAGCGGAUUCAAAUCUAGAACCAUACGUUGGCAUGGAAUUUGAAUCUGAAGACGAUGCCAGAAAUUUUUACGUCGAGUAUGCCAGACGGGUUGGAUUUUUUGUGCGUGUUAUGCAACGUCGCCGUUCUGGGGUUGAUGGAAGGACUCUUGCUCGUAGACUUGGAUGCAACAAACAGGGAUUCUCGCCUAAUAAUAAGGGCAGACUUGUACAAGAUAAGAAGCCGCGAUCAAGUGCCCGUGAGGGGUGCAAAGCAACAAUCUUAGUUAAAUUGGAGAAGUCAGGAAAAUGGGUUGUCACAAGAUUUGAAAAGGAACAUAAUCACCCCUUGGUUGCAACUGCCAAUGGUUUCAAUGCAGCGGGUGACAAGGACAAGAAAAUUGAAGAGCUUACCAAAGAGCUGGAUCUCCAGGAUCAUUUAUGUUCAGUUUAUAAAGAGAAGUUACUUAGUUUUAUAAAAAGUGUUGAGGACCAAACAGAAGAAUGGUCUUCCAAAAUCCAAGUUAUUGUUGACAAUGUGAGGAAAGUUGAAUCUGAGGUACAAAAACAGUCCCACACUAGAUAACCUUUGCAUGCAAUGCAAGUAUUAUUAUUAUGAUCAUGGAAGCUUUUGCUCGUGGAUGAUAUGUGUUAAUACCAGCUUUCAUACUUAAGCAUUGAGAGCCGUGUAAUAACCAGCAGAUACCUUGGA